UGAUGGUGAUACACGUUGAGUAAUAUGAACUAUACAACAUGGCUUCUUUUUCUUUCUUUUUAUGAGCUAGAAUAUACAAGUGUCAAAUCCUCUCACAAUGACAAAUCUUUUGUAUCUAUGCAAUCCUUUUACCCGUGUACGUCAACCAGUUGAAAACAUCGACUUGCAACGACCUCUCAGUGAUUUCAAGGAUGUGGUGUGUGCACGAACAGGAAUACAGACGCAGGAUCAGGAGUUAAUAUACAUGGGCGAAUGUCUAGUGGAUGAAAAACGUAGUUUAACUUCGUAUGGUAUCCAACAUAACUUCACUGUGUUUGUGAUAGAGAAGGAGAAAGAACUAGAUGACGAGCAUUACGCUGAUACGCAUACGUUACCAUCAGUGGAAGAAAUACGUGCUUUACUGAAGAAAGCAAAAAAUCCCAUAUAUCGACAGUCAGUGAAAAAAAUUAUCAAGGAUUGUGAAACAUUGCAAACAUUUCUAAAAGACACGGUAACAGAUUACGUCACCGGCGUAUUAUUAAAAGACGCCGAUUUAUUAUUAGCUGUUAUAGAUAGUGCGCCUGCUGAAAAAAUCGAGAAAGAGUAUCCAAACUUAGGAGUGGUAUUGAAACAUAUCGUAGAUAAAGUUUCAUCGACGUCACCGUCAAAUAGAAUGCCGUUGUUUCAUGGCGACGACAACGACGAAUAUGAAGGUCUUGAUCCCGCGCUAUUGGCGCAAGCAGAGUUGCUGGCAGCUGGCGAAUCAAAUCUACAACAACAACAACAACCAGCAAACUCUCAAUUACGUCAUCAAAUUUCAGCUUCUGAUCUGGCUAAUGCUCUCUCCUUUGCUACUAUGUCACAAAGUGCAGGAGGAAGUAGUAGCAGACCUUCCAAUGACAGCCAGAUGGAGUCAGCUUUGGAACAAAUGCGAGCGGUAGGUAUCACAGAUGCGGAGUUGAGUCGUCGCGCUCUCACGAUGAGUGAGGGAAACGUUGAGGCUGCCAUCAAUCUGAUCUUCGAAGGAAGUUUAUGAUUUUUUUUUUGAAACUUAUAAGAAUAUUUUGUAUAUAGCCGUCUGUUUAGAAAUUAUGUCAGAUGUCAAGCACGAUUUUCUUCACUUAUAGUACCCGCCAUCCGCCAAGAAAAUAACGCCUUAAGUACUUAAUGAUGUAACAGAUUGUAUAUAUGUUGAACUAUUUAUUUGAAAUACUUUUUUCUUAUGUUAA